AUUUUUUUCCAAUGAGGAGUUUAUAUAUUUAUUUUAAGUAUUUUUUUUUUUACCCUAGGCGUAUGAUUUAUAAUAUAUAUAAAUGUUUUAGUAAUCGAAUAUUUUUUAUUAGUUUUAGGGGAUUUUGAAUUAAAAUUUUAUUUAUUGUUUGAUUGGAUGAGAAUAAUAUUUGUUUGCGUGGUUUUGUUUAUCUCAUGUAUAGUCAUUUUUUAUAGAAAUGACUAUAUGGAAAGAGAAAAAUUUAAAAAUUAUUUUUGUUAUGGAGUUUUAUUAUUUGUUGGGUCUAUACUAAUAAUAAUUAUGAGUCCUAAUUUAUUAAUAAUUUUAUUGGGGUGAGAUGGUUUAGGCUUAGUUUCAUAUUGUCUAGUAAUUUUUUAUCAGAAUUAUAAAUCUGAUAGAGCUGGAAUAAUUACUGUGAUGAGAAAUCGAAUUGGGGAUGUGAUAAUUUUAUUAUCUUUUGUUUUUCUUUUAAAUUUUGGAAAUUUAGAUUUUUUGGUUUUUAAAAAAAUAUUUUUUGUAGGAGGUUUAAUGCUAAUCAUUGCUGGUAUAACUAAAAGAGCUCAAAUUCCUUUUUCUGCCUGACUCCCCGCUGCUAUGGCAGCCCCAACCCCCGUCUCCUCUUUAGUUCAUUCUUCAACUUUGGUUACAGCUGGUGUUUAUCUUUUAAUUCGUUUAGAUAUGUUAUUUUGCAUUAGUGGUUUUAGAUGAUUUUUAUCUUUUUUGGCUUUGUUAACUAUGGUUAUAUCAGGGGUUGGGGCUGUAUUAGAAAUGGAUCUAAAAAAAAUUAUUGCUUUGUCUACUCUUAGACAGCUUGGUUUAAUAAUAUUAAUUUUGUCUUUAGGGGAAACAGGUCUAGCUUUUUUUCAUUUAUUGACUCAUGCAUUAUUUAAGGCUAUAUUAUUUUUAUGUGCUGGUUUUAUAAUCCAUAGAAGAUUAGGAGGGCAGGAUAUUCGUUUUAUGGGAUUUUUUUUUUGUUCUAAUCCUUUAAUUGGAAUAUCAUUUAGACUAGCUAAUUUAUCACUAUUUGGGUUACCAUUUUUAAGAGGUUUUUAUUCAAAAGAUAUAAUUUUAGAAUUUGUUUAUGCUAAUAAGGAAAAUUGAUUUACUACUUCUUUGGUUGUAUUAGCAACUGUAAUAACUUGUGUUUAUUCAUUGCGUGUUAUAUAUUAUUCAAUAUGAAGGGGUAGAAGAAAGUUGGUUGUUUUCUCUAGUCAUUGGUCUUUUUGAAUAGAAGUUCCAGUGUUCCUUAUAGGAUUGUUGGUAAUUUUUUUUGGUUCGAUAAUAAGAUGAAUUAUGUUUUCUUGUUGGGAUUUAAGAAUUAUGAUAUUGAAGAUCAAAAUGGUUAAUGUUGUAAUUUUAGGUUUAGGUUGUUGAGUCUUUUACUCUCUAUACAGAGGUUUUAUUGGAAUUAUUAACUUAAGUAAAGUUAAUGAUUUUUUUGGGAGUAUAUGAUUUUUAUCAAUUAGAUCCGGGAGACUAUCUGUGAAAUCAUUGGUUUCUGGUCUUUAUUACUAUAGGUUUGAUAAUGGAUGGUUAGAAGAAAUUGGGCCGCAGGGAGUUUAUAAAUUUAAUUAUGCAGCUAGAAUAUUUGUACAAUGGUUCCAAGUUAGUAAUCUAAAAAAUAUUAUUAUUUUAAUAUUUUUUAUUGUAUUUUUAUUCUUUUAG